GUUGAGAGAUUAUAGGAAUUCAUGGCUACAAAAUCAGUCAUAAUGGCUUCUUUGUUCUUCUUCAUAUGGCACGUUAUACUUGUAUUUUCCUUGUAUUUUUCUUCUUUGUUUCAACUAUCUUCUUUUUCAGUAGAAAAAUUGUUCAACCUACUCAAAUACUCUCUGUUUACAGAGAAACCCUUUCUCAAACCCCUAUAUUCUUGCAAAAUCAGACCCCCAUUUUGCCAAAAUCUAGUCUUGAUGAUAGUUUGGUUGAACCCAUUUCACUAAACACUUCUACAGAGAUACCCAUUUUGUCAAAAUCUGAUUUUGAUGGUAGUUUGGUUGAAUCAGAGACCAUUUCUAGUUCUAAUGAAACAUCAAGAUUUCAAGCUAAUACAGAGAUACCCAUUUUGUCAAAAUCUGAUUUUGAUGGUAGUUUGGUUGAAUCAGAGACUAUCUCUAGUUCUAAUGAAACAUCAAGAUUUCAAGAAUUAGAGGUUAAUACACAGAUGCCCAUUUUGUCAAAAACUGAUUUUGAUGAUAAUUUGGUUAAACCCAAUUCACCUGAGACUAGUUCUAGUUCUAGUGAGAAGUCAAAAUUUGAUCUUGAUGUAACAUCAGAAACACCCAAAUCUAGUUUAGUUGAGAAAAACUCAAGACCUAUUGGAGAAAGUUGUGAUCUUUUUAAGGGAAGAUGGGUUAAAGAUGAGAAUCAUCCAAUUUAUAAGCCAGGGUCUUGCCCUUAUGUGGAUGAGGCUUUUGAUUGUCAGACUAAUGGUAGGCCAGACUCACAGUAUCUUAAAUGGAGAUGGAAGCCAUUUGGAUGUCAUCUUCCAAGGUUUAGUCCAUCAGAUUUUUUGUACAGAUUGAAAGGAAAGAGGCUGAUGCUGGUUGGGGACUCAAUGAACCGGAACCAGUUUGAAUCUCUCCUUUGCCUUCUUCGUGAAGGCCUCACUAAUAAGAGUAAAAUGUACGAGAUCCAUGGGUAUAAGAUAACAAAAGGAAGAGGCUAUUAUGUUUUCAAAUUUGAGGAUUAUAACUGCACUGUUGAGUUUGUGCGCUCGCACUUCCUUGUUAGAGAAGGAGUACGUAUCAAUCCUCAAGGAAGCUCAAAUCCAACUCUAUCAAUAGAUCGCAUCGACAAAACAUCUAAUCGUUGGAAGGGAGCUGACAUUCUAAUCUUCAAUACGGGGCAUUGGUGGACUCAUGGGAAGACUGCCAGGGGGAAAAAUUACUAUAAAGAAGGUGACCUAAUAUACCCUAAAUUUGAUGCCGUUGAAGCUUAUAGGAGAGCAUUGAAAACCUGGGCUAAGUGGAUUGAAGAAAACAUGAGCCGUGAAAAGUUGAUUAUAUAUCGUGGGUAUUCUUCAGCUCACUAUAGAGGCGGAGACUGGGAUUCAGGUGGAAGUUGUAACAAAGAGAGUGAACCUGUUUCGAAAGGUGCUAUCCUUGGAAACUAUCCGAUGAAAAUGAAGAUUGUGGAGGAGGUGAUUAAGGAAAUGCAGUUCCCAGUAGUCCUUUUAAACGUAACACAGUCAACCAAUUUCCGCAAGGAUGGUCACCCGUCUGUGUAUGGUAAGGUUGGUAAAAAGGGUAAGCAAGAUUGUAGCCAUUGGUGUCUACCGGGAGUCCCCGAUGCAUGGAAUGAGCUAAUCUAUGCCACUUUGGUGUUGCAACAAUGAGCUGAGGCUGUUUGUGCAGCAAAUGUAUCAUUGGCUUGUAACAUUGUAAUAUGAGAUGAAUAUUAGUUAAGUCAUUUUUUAGUGAAGUUGCAUUGUUUCAGUUUUUUUGUGCUAAUAUUAGACACUAUAUAUUCUUAUUUCUAGGAUCAACUCACUUCAAAGUUUUGUAAUACCAAACUUAUGCUGCUUCACUAAGCAAUGUUAUCUUCUUUUUUUUCUAAGAGAAGUAUUCGGAAUACUCUAAA